AUGAUCACGGGCCACAGCCUCGGCGCGGGCGUGGCCGCGCUGCUUGUGAUGCACUACCGGGCGCGAUACCCAUCCAUCGACGUGCGCGCCUGGUGCUACGCGCCGCCGGGCGGCCUGCUGAGCCCGGGGGCGUCGCUGGCGCUCGAGGAUUACUGCUGCUCCCUCGUGUCAUCCAAGGACAUGAUCCCGCGCAUGUCCCUUUGGACUGUGGAGUUCCUGCGCGCGGAGCUCAUGCAGGCCGCGCUGCGCUGCAAGGUCUCCAAGACGCGCCUCCUGCUGGGCACCCUGCUGGGCCGCACCUGGCGCGAGGACGAGGUGCUGCUGCCCUUUGAGCAGCUGCCGCCCGAGAAGCUGGCCAGGCGAGCCGCGGUCCCCGACGCCGACGCUGCCUGCACGCGAGCGCAUACCAUAGGGCUGCCUCUGUACGAGGCAUACUGUCAUCACGUGGAGACUGACCAGAUCCAGGACCCCCUGAGGGUUCGAAUCGCCCGAGAGUUUGUCCCCCCUGGGGCCGUAAUCUGGGUGGAGCGGCGGAAGUUACGGCCGCCGCCGCGCGAAGAGAGGGAGGGCGCCCCGCGGCAGCAGCAGCUGGGGGAAGGCGCCGACCCCGAAGCCGGCGGCGGCGGCGGCGGGCAGACUCCGCGCGGCGGUGGCGGCGGCGGCGCCGCCGCGGCGGCGCGCGCCCUGCUGUUCGGCCCCUGGCGGCGCGGCGUCACCCGGGGCGGCGAUGGGGGCAUCAGCGGCACUUGGAGCGGCAGCAGCGGCAGCGUUAGCAGCAGCAGGGCGGCGGAGGCGGAGGCGGCCGCGGCGGCGGCCGCGGCGGGGGCGGGUUCCUCUGGGCAGGAGGAUCUGCCGAAGCAGGGGCUGCUGGGGCCGCGGCCCAAAGUGCGCCUGGUGGCCCACAGGUACACCGGAGAGGAGCUGAUAGCGGGCGGCAUGGUGGUGGCGGGUAGCAUGUUCUCUGACCAUGUGCCAGUGCUGCAGCAGAGGCGCCUCAAACAGCUCAUCGCGCGCCUGUCGCAGCGGCGGCAGGAUCAGACGUGCGGCCCCCCGCGCGCGCGGCCCGCAUGCGCGACGCCGGAGCCGCCCUGCGCCGCGCCUGGGCAGCAGUAG